CGGCACUGAACGCUGUCGGCGCUGAUUGGACGGCGGAGCCACGCGGUGCAGUUCCGGUUACUUUCAUACAUUCGUCUGAUCCCCGCAUGUCCUCGCGGGUCGAGCCGUCAGACCUGCGGCUGUGCUGUAGCGGCUGACACCUGCUUCGCGCGGUUCCGCUUCAACGUUCAGGUUCCUGCGGCGCGAGCCGUGUGGCGUUCAGGGACUCCCGCGGGAGACGGACAGCCGGCCGCUGUGACUCCAAUGCUGGAAGACGGAGGUCAGAUCAGCGCGGAGCCAGAUUGCAGAGAGACGGCAGGCGUCCAGAUCCUCCCUGCAGGACUCACAGGAGACUCCAUGGCCAAACGUCUCUGAUUCUCCGUCCAGCGGCUGCGUCGUCAUGGCAACAGCGGCGCCGAUGCAGUUCACCACGGUGGACUACGUCAUCUUCGCUCUGCUGCUGGUGGCGUCGACCGGGAUCGGCCUGUUCUACGCCUUCUCUGGGGGGCGCCAGCGCACCACACAGGAGUUUCUGAUGGCGGACCGCUCCAUGAGCUGCCUGCCCGUGUCCCUGUCGCUGCUCGCCACCUUCCAGUCGGCGGUGGCCAUCCUCGGCGCCCCGUCGGAGGUCUACGCCUUCGGCACGCAGUACUGGUUCCUGGGCUGCUCCUACUUCCUGGGUCUGCUCAUCCCGGCCCACGUCUUCAUCCCGGUCUUCUACAGGCUGCGGCUGUCCAGCGCCUACGAGUACCUGGAGCUGCGGUUCAACAAGACGGUCCGUGUGUGCGGGACGGUGACCUUCAUCUUCCAGAUGGUCAUCUACAUGGGGGUGGUGCUGUACGCUCCGGCGCUGGCGCUGAAUGCAGUGACGGGCUUCGACCUGUGGGGGGCGGUGCUGGCCAUGGGGCUGGUGUGCACGCUCUACACCGCUCUGGGGGGGCUGAAGGCCGUGAUCUGGACGGACGUCUUCCAGACGGUGGUGAUGUUUGCGGGCCAGCUGGCGGUCAUCGUGGUGGGGGCCAGUCAGGCGGGGGGCAUGGCGGAGGUGUGGAGGAAGGCGGUGAACGGCAGCCGGAUCUCCGGGCUGGACCUGAACCCGGACCCUCUGCAGCGCCACACCUUCUGGACGCUGGGGGUGGGCGGAGUCUUCCUCAUGCUGGCUCUGUAUGGGGUCAACCAGGCGCAGGUGCAGCGUUACCUGAGCUCGCGCUCCGAGAAGGAGGCCAUCAUGCGCUACGGCGAGGACAGUCCUCUGGAGCAGGGCUACGUGCAGAGCAACGACCAGAUGGUGCUGUACUUCGUCAUGGAUGUGUUCAGGGACCUGCCCGGCCUCCCCGGCCUCUUCGUGGCCUGUCUGUUCAGCGGAGCGCUCAGCACAAUCUCUUCAGCCUUUAACUCCUUAGCAACAGUAACCAUGGAGGACCUCAUCAAGCCCCACUUCCCCGCCAUGACUGAAGCCAGGGCCACCCUACUGGCAGCCUUCAGCAUCUUCGGCAUGGUGGGGGGGCCUCUGCUGGGACUCUUCUGCCUGGGGAUGUUCUUCCCCUGGGCGAAUCCUGCGGGGGCCGUGGUGGGGCUGGUGGCGGGCCUGGCCAUGGCGUUCUGGAUCGGGAUCGGCAGCUUUGUGAUGCGCGUGUCAUCGCCCCCUCCCGCCCCACCCCUCAAUGCAACCUCCCUCCCCCUACUGGACGUGGGCGGGACUGCAGCCCCCAUCAUGAACAGCAGCAGGCCCAGCGGCGUGCACGCCCUCUACUCGCUGUCCUACAUGUGGUACAGCGCCCACAACUCCGCCACCGUGGUGCUGGUCGGGCUGGUCGUCAGUCUGCUGACAGGACCGAUGAAGGAGAAGGAGCUGACUCCGGGGACCGUCUUCCCCGUCUUGGGAACGCUGCUCUUCUUCCUGCCGGAGCGCUACAGGGAGAAGCUGUGCUGCGUGACGCCGCUGGGUCAAAAGCCUGCAGAGGGCAGCACGCCGCCGUACCGGAGGGCCCAAAGAGACAGGCAGGAGAUGGUUCUGGAGGACAAGGAACCGGGCGCCGCGCACGUGAAGACAGGCGGCGGUGGAGUGCACGUGGAGGCGGGGAGUGGAGUGCACGUGGAGGCGGCGCUCAGCAGCUCCGAGGAGCUUUCCUGCCAGCUGAGCGCGCACGCCGUGGUGGAGACGGCCCUGUGACCACGCCCACUGUGACCACGCCCACUCCAUGUUAGAUUCUGCCAGCACUUUCUCGUGCACGCUCAGCCACAUGCAUGCAGCUGAUUUGAGCCGCACAAACCAAUCAGAGGAGAUUCAAAGGAUUAGAUUAGAUUAGAUCAAGUUAAUCCAGGUGAUCCAGCCCCCAGUAUGGGGUCAGAUGGGUGGAGUUAGGGUCUAGAGCGGCGGAGGUUCAGCCAUGAGCUCGUCUUCAUGGCUGCAGGAACCGUGCUGUCAUGACGGGAUGAGGCUCAUCUGGAUCAGGAUCUGGAUCAGGAUCAGAAUUCUUCCUCUCCUCCUCAUCGUGUCUCCAUGGUGUCUCCAUCGUGUCUCCAUGGUGUCUUCAUCGUGUCUCCAUGGUGUCUCCAUCAUGUCUCCAUCAUGUCUCCAUGGUGUCUCCAUGAUGUCUCCAUGGUGUCUCCAUGGUGUCUUCAUCGUGUCUCCAUGGUGUCUUCAUCGUGUCUCCAUGGUGUCUCCAUCGUGUCUUCAUCCCUCCAUCAUGAUUCCACCUCCAGCUGCAGCCUGUCCAGAGCAUAUAGAAGACUCCUCCCCUGACCGACGCCGUCCGCUCCGUUCUCGUGUCUUUGUUCGUUCUUCUAUAUGCUGGAGCCGCCACCGCCGCCAUGGCGGCUCUGAACCUGAAAUUACUUGAAGUGUUCCUGUGGAGCCACAGCCAGAAGAUGCCUUCAGACCCCCCGUGGGGGGAGCACUUUCAGCAGCACAACCAAAGCACCGACUGAAACCGUGAGGACUGUGGCGCUCGCCGGAGCCGUGGACGAGCGCGGCCUUUCCUCUGCUGUGGCGCUUCGUAAUUUCUCCCAACAAUAAAUAUUGUUUGGAUCAAUA